AUUAAAUAAUAUAUUUCCCAAUUUAGGGUCCGUUUCCUAUUUUGAGUCUUCAGUGGUCUAUUGACAGUCAAUUUGUUCUAACGUCAGUUAACGAAAGGGAUUUACCAAAUUGUCGAUAUAUGAAAGGAGUGUCCGAUUUUUCAAAUAAAAUUAUUUGGUUUGACUCGACAUGUAGUGGGGGUGAAGAUGUGCGAGGGAUUUGGGACAACCGGUAUCUGCAGGAUGUGGUGAACCUGAGCUGUCACUGCUCUCCGAGUACUAAAUAUUUGGUGAGUGGCGACGAAGAGGGAGUUUUGAGACUUUUUUCUUAUCCGUGUUCCGACUCUAUGGCGGCGUUCUUCGAGUAUAGACAGGGAGGCGGAAGUGUCACCGAAGUUAGGUUUUCCUUCAAUGAGGACCUAAUCAUUUCAGGCAAUUAUAGCGGAGCUCUAUUUAUUUGGACAUUAGUCCCAUUCGAAAACACAAGUCAACAAAAUGUCUAA